AUGCCAACUAAUUAUAAUGUCGCCGAAGAAGAAGAAGAACGACGAUUGCAUGCGGAGAAUAUGCAACGAAUACGUGAACUUGAAUUGAGUCGAAUAAAUGAAGAUGAUCAACAGAUUGCUAGACAAGGAUUAGCUCUAUUCGACGAUAUAGAACGUGAAAUGGGGAUUUUGAAUCCAGAAGAGCGUGUGAAUGAACUUGAAGUAGAAAUUCAAGAAAUGAACGAGCAAAUUAAUGCUGCUGAACAAGAACUUGAACAACUCAACGAACAAUUGGAACAACUUCGUGUUCAAUUAGAUAUACUUGAAAAAGAUCUUAAACAAGUAACUGAUGAACUGGUUAAACUUACAGAAGAAAUUAAACGUGUUCAAGUGGAAUUACAAAAACUACGUCAACACCAACUUGACCUUACAAUCGAGCGUGACAAAUGGCAAACAACGCUCACUGAACAACAACAAGUACUUCAAGAAGAAGAAAAACGUCUGGACGAUCUGGAACAACAACUCACUAUAUUAGAAAAUGAUAAACGUUUAUUAGAACAACGAAGAGAUGAACUUGUUGAGGCAUUGAAAACAGCCGAAACUGAAAAACUUGCUCUGGAGCAAGAAUUAGCUAAGAUUGAUGCUGAACGAGUUCAAUUAGAAGAACAAACCAAGCAAUUACAACACGAAUUAGCUGCACUUGAACGAGUUGUUGAAGAACUGACCCAGAAAAUACGUCAAACUCAACAAGAGAUGGCUCAACGUGAACAGGAAAUGAACGAGAAAAAUGCGCGUAUUCAAGAGUUGGAACAAGCUCAGCAGCAAGUCGAAAAUGAAAUACGGCAAUUGCAAGAAUCAAUUCGACGUAUCGAAGAAAUGCUUAGAGAAGUCGACAACAAAGAACGCGAAGUAGCCGCACAAAUUGAGCAGAAAAAUCAAGAAAAAGAUAAACUUGAAGAUGAACAACGAGCAGCUGAAACUGAAGUUGAAGAACUACAAGCAGAAGUUGCAGCACUUGAUAAUGAAUUAAAAAUAUUGCAAGAAAAACUAACCCAACUAACAAACGAAGUCGAUCAGCUGGAAGAACAAGUACGACAAGCUGAGAACGAACUUACAAAAGCAGGGGAAAUGGUUAAACAAACAGAACAAGAAGUGGAGCGUCAACGAGCUGAAGUCGAUAAAUUAAAGCAGCAACUUCAAGCUACAAAUGCUAAAUUGGCGCAACAAGAACAACAGAAAAAGCAACUUGAAACGAUAUUUGCUCAAAAACAAAAAGAACUUGACGAAGUCAACAAGAAAAUCAGUAAACUCGAACAAGUCGAAGCUCAAGCUAAGAAAGAAUUUGAUAUGGCGACCGCGUUGCAAGAUGAGAUUGUAGCAAUGUUACGUGCAGAAGAGCAAAAGGAACUGGAUAUAAAAAAGGAAGUUGAAGAUCAACAAACACUUGUUAAGGACGCGGAAAACGAGGUAAAUGAUGCUGAACGAGAGAAGAGUGAAGCAAAGCGAAAAUUAGACGCUGCAAUGAAGGAAGAACAACAAUUGCAGACCGAAUUACAGAAAAUAAAAAAUAAUGUGACUGCUUCCGAACUUGCACUUGGAAUCGCUAGUGCCGCCCUAGCAGUUGCAACAGCUUUCGGAUUCACAGGAUGGGGUGCAGUUGCUAUUGCUAAAGCAACAACUUUAGUUAUAGCUGCAACGGCUGCAGUUGCUGCUUUUAAGUUACAACAGAACGACGUAGAAAAGAGGCUCGCAGCGGCGUCUGUAAAACGCGAGCAAGCAUUUGAUUUGCAUCAGACAGCAACCGAAGACAAGGGCGCAGCGGAUACAAAACUUGCUAAACAGACUGGACUGUACAAGACCAAGGAAAGUGAACUGAAUCGUCAGAUCACGACCAAAAAUACCGUUCAACAAAAACUUGAUAGACACAAAUUGAUUCUGGAAAAAGCGACUAGUAAUUAUGAGACAAUUAAUCGACAAUUGGGUGAUGCUAACGAACAAGCGGCAGCCAAAACAAACGAAGUUCAUAAUGCUGAAGCUGAUGCUCAAAAACAGACAGAGCAAGUAGGAAAAUUGACGAAAGAAGCAUCUGAUUUAGAAAAAAAACAAGGACAAGCUCAACAAACAUUUGUCAACACGGAAAAUACAUUGAAAGAUGCUCAGACCAAACUUAAGACGGCUCAAGAUGGUGUCAAGACAAUCACCGAGCAGUUCAGAGCCAAACAACAAGGUGUUCAAGAAGCAAAAGCUGCUGUUGGUCAGAAACAACAGCAAGUCCAAGCUAAACAGGCUGAAUAUGCUACUAAACAAGGAGCUGCACAAGAAGCAAAAAAUAAAGUUGGUAAAAUCGAUCAAGAUAUUGCAUCAGCCAAUAAAACCAAGGCAGAAUUAGGAAAUACGAAAGGUACACAGGAGAAUGCACUCCGUAGGGAACAAGGAAAAAGUCAAAUACUCACUGGAGAACAACAGCAGUUAAAGACAAAAUUUGAUGAGACACAACAGCAGAAGCAACAACUUGAUAAACAAGUUCAAGAUUUAAAAAAUAAUCUUAAUACACAAAAUGGAGCCAUGAUUCAAAAGAGUGGCGAAGUUAAUAAAGCUAUGACUGAUUUGAAGGUGAAAGAACAACAGAAGACUCAACUACAAUCACAGCACGAUGAAUGUACUGCACAUUUUGAGCAAGUCAAAGUACAAAUUCGAGAAAAUCAGCAAGGUCUGCAAGAUAACCGAAGAAAUAUUAAUCAGGCGACAGAAGCCUUACAAAAACAAGAGGCCGCUAAACAGAUGAGCGAAAACAAAAUAGUCGAGACCGAGCAGCGUCUUCAUCAAACAAGUGAACGACUUGAACAAUUAUCCAAGCAACUUCAAGAGAAACAACAAACUUAUAAUGAGCAAAACGAUCGACACAAUAAACUUACAGCUGAUGUCGAGCAACGUCAAGCAGCAAAAGAACGUUUGGAAAAAACUACAGAAGAUGUGCGCAAUCGAUGGACAUCAAAGCGAAUUUGGUUGACAGCUGUGACGAAAAAUGUUGGUCAUAUCCAACAAGAAAUAGGCAAUAUUAAACUAACUAAUCAUCAAACAGCAGUAGCUAAUCGACAACAACAGGAGCGCCGUAAUAUGAAUCUGCACGAACCAAACGAUGUAAUCGAUAAUCAACAACGACGAUAUCAACGGCACGAACUGUAUAACAUGAUUGUGCAUCCUGUAAACGAUGUAACUGAUAAUCAAUCAUCACGGCGACAACAACAACAACAGGUACAAAAUAGUAUGAUUCUACAUCCUCCAAACAAUUCAUCUGAUAAUCAACCACGACAACAGCAGCAACAACAUAAUAUGAGUCUCGAUGAUCCGAAUAAUGCAAUCGAUAAUCGAUCAAUACGACGACAACAACAACAACAGCAAGUUCGUCGUAAAUGA